UCUCACUUAAGUACCACCUCUGCUCGUAGUCAUAGUUCGUAAACCUUUAGUAAACACACAACGUAUUUUGUGAGUGCACGCAGUAUAGAAAAUUGUGUCACCGUUGGUCGUUGAUUUUAGGAAUAAAAUUUCCAACCAGUUUUCCACUGGUUUUGGUUUCGGCGGGUUUGUCAAGCUCAAUUAGUUACUCAAGUACCUACUAUUUAAAGAUGGCCAAUGUAGUAUUCUCAAUAAUCUGGCUCCUUAUUCUCAUAUUCAUUUCCUUCUUCGUUGCUGGAUUUUGUGCAGGAUUCUACAUUCUUAUCUUUGCGCUUACAGUCUGUUUACCGCCUUUAUCGGGUCUAUCAGAUAUACUGUUACAAGGCGUCCAGUUUCCGCAUUAUUGCGCUGACAAAAUGAUGACUGGAGGAUCCAUUCCAUAAAUUUUUUUCUUGUGACUGAUUUACUAAUAAAAUUUUUAUAAUAAUUAUUAAUUUAUUAAAAAAAAUAAUAAAAUGUGUUCAUUAAAUUGUAAAUAAAUAAAUAAAUUGUUAAAAUAAUUAAUAUUUAUUUUUUUGGUUAAAUUUGUUGUUGCAAUAAUAAUAGUAUUAUUAAACUAAUAAAUAAUUAUUUCAAU